GCUGAGGUUUGUCACCAAGAACCUGUUUAUUUACAAUCUCACACCGUCCUCCGCAGCGCCCAUUAUUUACAAUUUACUUAAAUUUCGUCCAUUUUAUAUUUUGGAGUGAUUUACUGGUUUCUUUAACCCGGGACCCCACUAUAUAUUUUACUGUAAAGCCGCACUGCUCCAGUAGUGCUGUGUAUUGAUUAGCCGGAGUGAGAUUUUCGUAUUUGCUGAGCAUAUCGGAAAUAUUCGUGAAUUUGCAAUAUUUGUCCACAUCAUGGCGUCUUCUCUGGAUCAGCUGAGGAAACUGACCACUGUAGUUGCUGACACGGGGGAUUUUGCAGCAAUGGCCAAAUUCAAACCCACGGAUGCUACAACCAACCCCUCUCUCAUUCUGGCUGCAGCUAACAUGGAGUCCUACCAGGGUCUUAUUGAUGAUGCUAUCAACUAUGCAAAAAAAGUGGGAGGGUCAAUGGAAGAACAGGUCACCAAUGCCAUGGACAAAAUCUAUGUCAAUUUUGGAUGCGAAAUUCUAAAGAUAAUUCCUGGACGUGUUUCAACAGAAGUUGACGCAAGGUUGUCCUUUGACAAGGAGGGGUCCAUUGCUAGAGCCAAGAAGCUGAUAGAUCUGUACAAACAGGCAGGAAUCUCCAAGGACAGAAUUCUCAUCAAACUGUCAUCUACCUGGGAGGGAAUAGAGGCGGCCAGAGUUCUGGAAAGUGAAUAUGGAAUCCACUGUAAUAUGACAUUGCUCUUCAACUUCUACCAGGCAAUCGCAUGUGCAGAGGCUGGAGUGACCCUCAUCUCUCCGUUUGUGGGUCGAAUCUUUGACUGGUACGUCAAAAACACGGAUCAGAAGUCCUACAGCAUGCUGGAAGACCCUGGAGUGAUGAGUGUAACCAAGAUCUACAACUAUUACAAGAAGUUUGGCUACAAUACGGUCGUGAUGGGGGCUUCCUUUAGGAACACGGACCAGAUCCUAGGACUCGCAGGAUGUGACCUACUGACCAUCUCGCCUUCAUUGCUAGAUAAACUACAACAGUCUAAUGAGGAAGUUAAGGCGUACCUAACCCAGAAACAAGCCCAGAAUCUGGACAUUGAAGAAGUCACAGUUGACGAAAAUAAGUUCCGCUGGGAAAUGAAUGAAGAUGCCAUGGCAACAGAAAAAUUAGCGGAAGGCAUCAGAAAGUUUGGUAUAGAUGCUGUCAAACUUGAAAAGGUGCUGAAAGAGAAGUUAGUGCAGUAAGCAGGGAUUGUUUCCAAAGUUAUUAUUGUUGAAUAAGCUAGUUCAGAGAACCAGGGAUUGUCUCCAAACUCAUUGUUGAUUUUUUGAUGAUAGCAUUGAUUGUUGAUUUAUGUCUUUCCCUUGAUUGACGAAGAUCGCAGCAUACAUAUAUUUAUUAUUUCCACAUUAUCAUAUCUAUUUGAGUAAGAGAUGGUUGACUGUCAUUUUGUGAUUUAUAAUCUUUGAAUUGUGUUGGAAAGAAAAUUAUUGCCAGAAUUUAUUAUAAGUUGCCAUAGAACGUUGACAUUUAGUUUUUGAAUACAUUAUGAAUGAAUUUGAUGGACAAUGAGUUGUAAGACUUGAAUUAUGUUGAUGUGAAUAAAGAUAUGCAAAAAUUUAUAAAGAUCAAAAAUGAAUACAAGAGAGCUCUAAAUUUGUAAGACUAAUUGAAAUUUAAUUUAUUUUGUAUGUUCAUCAUGUAAUAAAUUCAUACUUUGAUAUUAAAAUCUGAAUAUUCCUCUAUAUCAGGUCCAGGAAAGAAGAAUUUGGUUGAAAAAUUGUUAGGAAAUUCAUUUUAUUUUAUAGAAUUGUAUAUCUUUAUAUUUCCCUCAAAAUGCAAAUAAAAAAAUGAUUUAGUUUUACUUAGUAAAGGUGCUGUCAAUAAAAUGUACUGAUUAC